AGGACUUCCGGGUAGUGCUGGUCUCACACCCAGGACAGCCGCCCCUCUUGAUUUCUGGGUAUUGUAGUCCAUCUUGUUUCGGUUUCCCACGAGUGAGCUGCUCUUAGUUACGGCUACCUUCGCCACAAAAACUACAAUACCCAGAAUAUCACGCAAAUUCCCCUCGUCCAAUAGGAACCCCCCAUGUAGCGAGGCGCGGAGGCCGGCUCUCGCAACUCAAGAUGGCGGACGAGAGUGAGACAGCAGUGAAGCCGCCGGCACCUCCGCUGCCGCAGAUGAUGGAAGGGAACGGAAACGGCCAUGAACACUGCAGCGAUUGCGAGAACGAGGAGGACAACAGCUACAACCGGGGUGGUUUGAGUCCAGCCAAUGACACUGGAGCCAAAAAGAAGAAAAAGAAACAAAAAAAGAAGAAAGAGAAAGGCAGUGAGACAGAUUCGGCCCAGGAUCAGCCUGUGAAGAUGAACUCUUUGCCAGCAGAGAGGAUCCAGGAAAUACAGAAGGCCAUAGAACUUUUUUCAGUGGGUCAGGGACCUGCAAAAACCAUGGAGGAGGCUAGCAAGCGAAGCUACCAGUUCUGGGACACGCAGCCCGUCCCCAAACUGGGAGAAGUCGUGAACACGCAUGGUCCUGUGGAGCCUGACAAGGACAACAUCCGCCAGGAGCCCUACACCCUGCCCCAGGGCUUCACCUGGGAUGCCUUGGAUCUUGGGGACCGUGGUGUGCUGAAGGAACUGUACACCCUCCUGAAUGAGAAUUAUGUAGAAGAUGAUGACAACAUGUUCCGAUUUGAUUAUUCCCCUGAAUUUCUUUUGUGGGCUCUCCGGCCGCCUGGCUGGCUCCCCCAGUGGCACUGUGGGGUUCGAGUGGUCUCAAGUCGGAAACUGGUUGGGUUCAUCAGCGCCAUCCCAGCAAACAUCCAUAUCUAUGACACAGAGAAGAAGAUGGUGGAGAUCAACUUCCUUUGUGUCCACAAGAAGCUGCGCUCCAAGAGAGUAGCUCCAGUCCUGAUCCGGGAGAUAACCCGGCGGGUUCACCUGGAGGGCAUCUUCCAAGCUGUUUACACUGCCGGGGUGGUAUUACCAAAGCCCGUUGGCACCUGCAGGUACUGGCAUCGGUCCCUAAACCCACGGAAGCUGAUUGAAGUGAAGUUCUCCCACCUGAGCAGAAAUAUGACCAUGCAGCGCACCAUGAAGCUCUACCGCCUGCCAGAGACUCCCAAGACAGCUGGGCUACGACCAAUGGAGAAGAAGGACAUUCCAGUAGUGCACCAGCUCCUCACGCGGUACCUGAGGCAGUUCCACCUCACGCCGGUCAUGAGCCAGGAGGAGGUGGAGCACUGGUUCUACCCCCAGGAUAAUAUCAUCGAUACUUUCGUGGUGGAGAAUGCAAGUGGUGAGGUGACAGAUUUCCUGAGCUUUUAUACGCUUCCCUCCACCAUCAUGAACCAUCCGACCCACAAGAGUCUAAAGGCUGCUUAUUCUUUCUACAACGUUCACACCCAGACCCCGCUUCUAGACCUCAUGAGCGACGCCCUUGUUCUUGCCAAAAUGAAAGGGUUUGACGUGUUCAAUGCACUGGAUCUCAUGGAGAACAAAACCUUCCUGGAGAAGCUCAAGUUCGGCAUAGGGGACGGCAACCUGCAGUAUUACCUUUACAAUUGGAAGUGCCCCAGCAUGGGGGCGGAGAAGGUUGGGCUGGUGUUACAGUAACCAGUUGCCAGUGAGAUUCUGGAUAAAGCCACUGAGAAAUGGAACCCCACCACUUGUUGGUCCACUUUUCACAAACGUGAGAAUCCCUGGCAAGGGGAGCAGAACUGAACCGGCUUUACCAAACCGCCACUGAACUUGACAAUUGUAUUGCAAUGGCGUAGGCUGCGUGAUGUCACCUCUGGCCGUGUCUCUGGUCUCCCUCUUUUCCAAUUAAUCACACGUUAUGCAGCCGUGAUCAAGGGAAUGUAACUGCUGAAACUAGCUCGUGAUUGGCAUAUUAUGGAGUUAACGGGUGAAUAAUAAAAGGAUAUAUAUAUUAUAUAUAUAUAUAUAAAUAUUUUAAAUAUCUUUCAUGUUCCAAAUGUACAAGGAUGUUUGGUCUCCAAUGAAAAACUGAAUCCAGAUCAUUCCUCAAAAUUAGAAUCUAAGGCCAGAGCCAGACAAACACGUAUUGGUACAAUGAAUUGCUUCCUUCUGAAGGCAGGCAUUGAUGUUUCUUGGGGGAGCAGGAGAAGUGGAUAUGGGGACUCAUACCCAGUUCCCCUUCUGAAUCAGCUGGAAUGAUUGGCCUCCGAAGGCGGGGUGCGGUGGAGGGCCCAGCUCACAGAAUGGCAGGUGGAAUCCUGGCUGGGGCUCGCCCGACUCCGAGGCUCUCCUGCAGGGGCCACGCCUUUUCUGCACUCUGACCCUGGGCAGCGGGGCUCAUCCGUGGAAGCAGAUUUCAUGACUCACGUCCCCUCUUCCCGUCCUCUUGGCCUGCUCCCUGUAGGAAGUCAUCCUGCCUCCUGCCAACUGAUGGUUAAAUCAGCUGGCUCUUUAGCUGGCUGUUGCCAACUUUAAUUUACAGGGAUCAGUUCCUUGUGAGAUGUUUUGCCACUGCCUGGGGUGACUGGCAGUUUGAAGGGGACCUUUGACCUCCUUGUAGCAUCUGGCACCUUGUGGAGACCACCUCAGCGCAAGCCCUGCUUGGCUUGUGUUAGAGCAAAGAGCCAGGACCCUGAUGCCCCGGCAGUGUGGUUGGGCAAGGAGAGGGGCUGAUACACCCAGACCUCCAGCCACCAGCCCCUGGCCUGUGCCUUCCAACCCAUUAGCCGUCUCUUGUGCUCCUUUCCAAGACACACAGCCUGCACGUAGCGGCAAGGCGUGGUGGUUAGACGCCCAUCUGGACUUGGCAGCAGAAGUAAUUUCCUGUUGCCAUUGUCGGGGUCUGAAUUUCAUGAUGCUGUAUUGCGGAUUUUGGUGGUGGUGGUGGUGGUGGUGGUGAUGGGUACUGGUGCUGCCAGCUUCCCCCAGAUGAUGGAGCCUCUGGUCACGUGGCUGUCCGUGUGGGCAUUCCUCAGCUGUGCUCAGCCAGGCGGCCUGGGAAGGAUUGGGCUGUGGAAUUGUCAGCAGCAGCCCACAUCCAGGCCUGUAUGGAAUGUUUGCGCUUGGAGGAAGUGGAUGGCUAGACGGUAUGACCCUUGGGUGGGAGGGUUCCUGGCUGCUUUUACCUCUCGGCUACUUCCAGAGGGAGGCAAGCCUCAGCCAGCAGGCCAGGCUCAGCCCACUCCCACUAACUAAGCUGUGCUGUGCAGGCCGGCAGGGCUGUGUUGCAGGCUGUGGGUUUUGGUGAGGUUUGUUAGCACGCAGUUCUGCAGCAUCCCCAGAGCUGGAGGGAAUUGUGUGCCUGUGAUGGGGCUGUGCUGCCCCACACGGGUGCCAGCAACUCCACUGAUUGGAUUUUCAUCGGAGGCCUCCGGGGACUUCCCUUCUCCCUGUGGUCCCUGUGCUGCAAACUGCAGGCACUGAUCGGAGGCUGACCUUUGACUGCUUGACUCCAAGAUACCCAGACCAAAGAAGCUGCUGUUCUUAGCAAGAUGUGCACUGCUCUCCUCAGAUGGCCGGAGUCGGAGAGGCAGGGGCUUCCUGUACAGCCUCCUGGACAUCAGCCAGCACCCCAAAGCCCAGAGCAGCCUGGCACUCGCAGGCUUCUAAGGAUAGCAAAGAACAAAGUGCCCGACUCUCCGACCGUGGGUGGCACCUGGAACUUGGCCAGCUCUGCGCCACGUCCUGGCCGCAGCUGCCUGAGAUUUGGGGUGCCCAGCAGCCGUGGGAGUGAGCUUUGCCUUGGUUGGCCCAGGUCCCGAAAUGGAAACUGCGGCCUGUGUCUGCCCUGGAGGAAACGGAUCUCUUGGAAAAGCCCUGGUGUCUCCCUCCAGAACCCUGCACCUGCUCCUUGGACUCCACUGACGUCUUAAGAUGGGAACCUGCUGGCCUUCGGCACCGCCGCCCGGGUCUGCAGGAGUCUGCGCGGCGGCUGCUGUCCGUCUCCUUUCUGUCCCAACAGUCCCUGGGUUCUUCGCUCAGCCCCUUCCAGGACUUGAGGUCAGAGAGUUCGGACAGAACCUUGGGGUUUGUGGCCUCCUCACGAGGAGCCUUGCAGGACGGUAGAGCCGUGGCUGCCUUGAACCGAACCGGGGAAGGACCCUGGGGCCUCCAAGCUCGUCUUUGGGACCUGCCCAGGCACCUGCUGUUGGAGGACCUCCUGGGCGUGGCCCUCGCCCUCCGCCUCUGCUGGGCUUUCGGACUCCGUGUUGUAGAUGUUUACCUUCUGCCUUUGGAUUGACUUUGCAUUUGACCCCUGACCCUAUAGCCCAUUCCCAUGGCCUCCUGUCUCUGUAAGGAGAGCUGGGUAGAAGGAGGCCUCAGCUCUGCACUGAGGUCACACAGGGCUGGUUUCCCCCGAUGCAGGCCUGUUUCCCAAGAUGCUGACGUCUGGUUUGAGGGCCCGGCCCGCACCAAACCACUUCACCCGAGUUUAUGGGAAAUUUCAGGCCUUGUCUGCAGCUCCAUUCCAGCUGCCAUUGCUUACUUGCUGGCUCACUGAAGCCCAGAAUGGGUGUCCCGUGGUCUUGAAUUCUUUGCCCAAAGAUGACCAGCAUUCAGCCAGCCGAAGGGAUGGCCCAGAGACCUGGCUAGCUUCACAGAGCUGCAGCCGGGGAGAGGGGGGCUGCUAGGCUAGGGGUGGGAGGCAGGAGCCUCUCUCUGGCUGGUGCCUCCCCACCCAGGGGCAGCCUCCUUGUGCCUGGCCCGCCUGCCCCAAAACCGGAGGAGCCCCAGGGCUUUGGUUUACUAUUGGAAAGUGAAGGCAAGCCUGCAAACAGACUGCCCCUGGAGAGACCCUGGGGGACAUUGUCAUUCACUUCAGUUUAAAAUAGUGACAGCCUGCCGGCAGGCGGGGCCCCACACCAGGAACCGGGAAGGGAGGCCUCCCCUUUCUGUCCUGGCUUUCCUCCGGCUGUGGGAGGCCAUCCGAUUGCAGGGUGGGGAAGGAAUACCAAAUGCAUUGUUGUUCUGCUUGGUACAUCUCACUCGUUUCUAAUAAAGGAAGCAGCUGAACAAA